UUAUUAUUGUUGUUGUUGUUGUUGUUGUUGUUGUUGUUGUUCAAAUAGACCGGGAAGAUUUGUUCAGGUACAUAUAUGUUCAAAAUGCAUCUCUCUUCAUAUAUAUUUUUGUGCAUUUACUACAUCUUGGAAUCCUGUAUGUUUUAUGAUGUUUAUGUGAGAAAUGACAUGAACAGCUGCAUAUAAAGCAUGGACAAAGAUCUGUUGUUUAUUAUUAUUUUUGGGAAUGCCCUAAUCUUUGUUGUCACCUCAAGCUGUCAACGUUUGGCGUGUUACACCCGGUGUCAGCACAGUAAUACAUUGUCUGUCUGACUUGCUUUAUCUUUCUGUGGUAGGCUAUUAUAGUGUUUAUCCACAUUCACACCGUCUGCUAGACCCCCAUUAAUAAAACAGGAGGCACACAUUAAAAUCCCUCCAUUCAAGGACAUGGUACUGUGAAGCUAUUUUGGCAGCCUGUUUCCUUCAGGAAUGCAGAAGUUGUGUAUAAAGCUUGUUUCCAUUGUUGAACCUCUCCCAAACAAGGAUUUGACACCGUUGUGACUGAAAGGAAACCGAUGUGAAGAUGUGCAUUUGGCCAUUGUUGCUUCUGCCACUAACAGUGGUCACAGGACCACUUGGUCAUGCAGAGACAGAGCUUAACCCAAGCAAGGACUUCAUGCCAAUCCAGUCACAGUCAGAACAAAACAUAAGUGAAAGCGAAAAGCAUGUGCCCUCUGGAGGACCAGCCAGUUGCGGGCAUUCUCUCUUGCAGAAUCUUUUGGAGGACAUGCCAUGUGCCGAGGAGAAGCAGCAUCAAUCUGAAGCAUUACGUGAAGUCCUCCUUGCCUUGCAAAAAGUCUGGAGUAAGGAUGGUGAACUGGUGAAGCAGGAAUUAACUCAGUUUGGAUUUUGUUCACAUUACGAUGGUGUGCAAUAUUCCCAGUUUUCGUCACUAAUAAUGCAGAUCGUGCAGAAAGAGCAGAAUGGUCCAGAAUUUUUGCACAGCAUAAAAGAACAUUGGGAUGUUGAAGAGGACGGGACUUUCACCUUGACCCUACACUUUGCAAAGCCUGGGAAAUGUUAUCUACAAACUACAAUGGCUUCCAUGAUGCUCCUGUUUUUCACUGACUCUUGCAACACAGAUGGGUUGAAGAUAAAAUUCAGUAGUGAUGUCCUUCAGCCAAACGACCAGAUUCUGUGUGUUUCUCAGGCAACACACCUCCUGGUUCUUACAGGAGUUCAGACAGAGAGCUUCAGUCAGGAGAAUAUAAAACUGAGGAUGGAUGUUCAGCAUGACAGUGGGAAGAAAAUAGGUUUGUCUGAAUUUCAGGCCAUCAUGAAUCGGAGGAACACCAGGUCCAAGAAAACACAGAGUCCAGUGAUUCUUUUGUUUCCCAAGAAAUCUGACAGUGAAAAUGUACCUCAUUCAAAUGGAACAUUUCUCUUCUUGUGUGAACUUCAGAAGUUCUUAAAUGAAGUCUGUCCUCGAGGAAGUCCACUACUUGCACAAGAUGAGGUCAGGACAGUCAGCCCCAGUGUGCUUCACUCUCUGCCCCCUUUAACCCUUGGAGUGUCUUCAAGCGAGUCUCUUCUUCUUGAGCUGGUCAAUUCCUCAGGCCCAACUGCGUUCUUCUUCCCCCGCCAAAGCUUGGGACUGAGGACCCACCGAGUGGAGCUGGCCCUAAAGCCAUCACUGCUCUCUGUGUUGAAAUUAAAACUAGAAGAGGCUUUAGCCCAAGUGCGGAUGGAGGAAGUUGGACGUGGUGCGAUAGAUAAGCUGCAGAUUCUCAGUGUUCUCAGUGCACUUCCUGAAGACGGAGAGGAGCUGGAAACAGGUUUGGGGAACCAAAGUGAGGUCCAGUACAGAGCCCUCUUACUGCUGAAGGCCUUACAGGCUGUGCUAGGUGCUUGGGCAGAAGAAAGAGCGCAGAGGGCAGUCCGAGCUGGUCAGGAAGGACCCCCAAGGCUGAGUCAGUGUCAUCUCGAGAGUUUCACUGUGUCUCUGGAGAAGUACCUGUUGGAACCUGCCACGGCCAACAUUAACAACUGUGAAGGAGCAUGUGGAUUCCCCCUGAUCAACGGUAACAACCAUGCCAUCCUAUUGAACAGUCACUUCCAGAGUGGACAACCUCUAAAUCGCACGCUCUGCUGUGUGCCUGUGGCAUAUGACGACCUAUGUGUGAUUGAGCUGUACAGUGAUUCCACCACCAUUUCUUACAAGACCAACAUGGUAGCCAAGGAGUGUGGAUGUCGCUGAUAAUAUCAGCACUGAUACACACACACGCGCGUAUAUUACAUUAUAUAUAUUACAUUAUAUAUCAUAACCAUGCCUCACGCAUUACCUUAUAUUUCAUUUAUUUCAUUUAUUUUUGCAAUUGCACACAUUUUUCUCAAAAUACAAACUGCAGAACUGUAAGCUACUGCUAUACUGUUAGACAUGCAGAUAUCCAAUCUGUGAAUUAGCAGAAAAUGUCAGAAUCACAGUUGUGCAAAACCCAUAGCUGUUCUGAAGGUAAAAUAUCAUGUACGGAUUCGCCCAGGCGUGUUUCUAGCACACACAGUUUCUGUUUUCUGGGUGAUAAUAUAUGAUAAUAUAAUGUACCGUACAAGAGUAAUAUUGAUGUAGAAUUUUUCCAAUGCAGGCAUUAGAUGUACUCAUCAGACAUCGUAUAAGACUUUUAACUAAACCAUUUCAGCAUGUAUAAUAAGUCAGCAAAAA